UUUCCUCUUUAUUCUACACUGGCCGGAUUCUCGCCGAUAUCGCUGGUAAUAUAAAUCUUGCAGACGACUGACUGCUCCUCAGAUCUCCUAAAGAUUAUUCGUUACAUUUUGAGAAGGAUCGGAUUAGUAACCAGCCGCAAACUAAUAGCUGCGAGUAAUGUAGAAGGAGCGGGAGAUUCAAAAUAGGGACCGUUACAGUGUUCAGCCAAUCAGCGGAGGGAGAGGGAGGAGCCAGGAAUGUAAAUUCAGUAAAAUAAACGCCCCGGAAGUCGCCAUUGUUCUCGGUCCGCUCCUGUGCUAUAUAAGCCGGACUCUGCCGCACUCAGUAUCUUGCAGUCUACUCGCUACAUAGAGAAGAUGUCUGGACGCGGUAAAGGAGGGAAAGGGCUCGGUAAGGGCGGAGCCAAGCGGCACAGGAAGGUGCUCCGGGAUAACAUCCAGGGCAUCACCAAGCCUGCCAUCCGCCGUCUAGCUCGCAGGGGAGGUGUGAAGCGCAUCUCCGGCCUCAUCUAUGAAGAGACUCGCGGUGUCCUGAAAGUCUUCCUGGAGAACGUCAUCCGUGACGCCGUCACCUACACCGAGCACGCCAAGAGGAAGACCGUCACCGCUAUGGACGUGGUGUACGCCCUCAAGCGCCAGGGCCGCACUCUCUACGGCUUCGGAGGUUAAUUCUGCUUCUACUCGGCUCCAUCACAUCAACCCAAAGGCUCUUCUCAGAGCCGCCCACAUGUUCUAUGGA